UUUCCUCGACGACCCGGGAUGAGACCGACCCUGACUAUACUGGGCAGGAUGUCUGACCCGGUUAUACCAUGGCCCUUGUGCGACCCUCCGCUCCAGCCACCAUCCCCGUCGAGAUCAUCCUCCACACCACUUGCAUUGAGCGAGAAGGGUCUUCUCCAGCCGUCCAACUCCUAGUUCCUGCUGAUAGAUGGCAGUCGUAUCACGGCUUUGCGAGCGAUGUGAUGAAUAGGUCGAUGUUCGCUUCUUCUAGCCGCACGGGCGAUUGAAGAGUCCAGUUGGAGUCGUAGCAGCGAGAAGUAUUAGGGGGAGCGAAUGUGCGGUCGAUGUACGUGAUAAACAUGCGUGAAGUCUCAGGGCGCCGGGAGGAAUGAGCAUCGUGUCUAUCAUUGGCUGUAUCAUCCGAACUGCAUCAAUACUUACUUUCAAGACUCGCACGGCUGCAGUCGGCAAACACCGCGAGGGGUGAUUGUCACAAUGAUCGGACCCAGAGAUGAUGAAAUCACUGAUGAGAUCAUCUCGUGGCCAACGCUAUAUGGUCAGGAUGUUCACAUGGAAGCUAUGGCAUGCGAAUUCUUGGUCAGAACAGAUUGCAGAGCCAAGAUGAGGCAAUCUGAGCCAUGCUCCAAAAGCCAAGUGGCGAUAGGCAUACGACAACUGGAAUGUCGCUUCUGGAUAGCUACGCAAGUACGGAGAA